AUGAAAAAAGACACCGUGGAGGUGGCAGGGUACAUAACCCUACCACUUCAACUCCCAGGCACAGAUGCCUACCCAAAGACCGCAACACACUACCUCUACCUCCGGCGCCACGAACCGCGCAUUCCAGACCCAGACUCCGCACGCUCCCUCUUCCUCGUCAACAUCCCCAUCGACACAACAGAAGCGCACCUCCGCACCCUCUUCGGCAAAUCCCUCUCCGCUGGCCGCGUCGAAAAAGUCCACUUCGAAGAUGUGCCCACGAAGAAACGCGGCGUCGCCGCCGCAACAGAAACCAGCCUCGCACACCGCGGGAAAAAGCGCAAGCGUGCAGUCGCCACGGCCGACGAGCUCCAGAACCAACUAGAUGAUAUCAGCUUCCCGUCAACCUGGGACCGGAAGUUGCAGAAGUCGGGCUCGCAUGCCAUUGUGUUGUUUGCGGAUAAAGCGAGUAUGGAGACGAGUUUGAAGGCUGCGACCAAGGCCGCGAAGAAGGGAACCAGCCUCAAAUGGGACGAGGGUGUUUCGGACAAAGUUCCCAGUCUCGGGCUGCAGCGGUACCUUGCGCACGAGAAAUUGCGAUAUCCUGACCGGGCGGACUUGCUUCGGUCUGUGAAUGAGUUUAUGACUGUGUUUGAGCAGGUUUCGGAGGCGAGACGACGGGAGGAGGCGCGGAAGUUUGCGGAGCCGGAUGAGGAUGGUUUCGUUACUGUUUCGCAUGGUCCGAAGCUUAAUUCUGUUGCGCGCGAGGAAGAGCUUAAGGCUUUGGUUGAGCGGGAGAAGAAGAAGCGCGAAGGAUUGGAGGACUUUUAUCGGUUUCAGUCGAGGGAAAAAAGGAAGGAGAGGCAGAAUGAGUUGCUCAAGCGGUUUGAUGAGGACAAGCAGAAGUUACGGGAUAUUAAGGAGCGAAGGGGGAAGAUUCGGCCCGAGUGA